AUAAAAUCAUUUUUCUUUUCAAUUCGAGAUCGGAGAACCUAAAAUACCAACAAUUGAAAGCAUGAUAGACUGAAUUGCCUCUGUCUUUACAGUUUACUACAAAUAUACUUGAGGUUGCAAUGACUGCUAAUUUGCAGGGAUCGGAAAGAGAGGUGUCAAUGCUCAGAGAUGUGUUGUUAUCUCAUAAUAUAAUGACAGAGCGCUGCUUCACCACCUGCGUGACCAAAUUCCGACAGAAUAAACUUACAGAUGAUGAGAUGUCCUGCAUUGAUACCUGUGUGGGUAGAUAUGUGAAUUUUAACCAGAGACUUAUGUCAACAUUUUUUGAACAACAGCAGGCAAGAAUGAAAGCCAUAGCUGAAGAACAAAAUGCACAAGUUCCUCCUGAACAACCAGUCAUUCAGACCACUUGAUAUAUAAUGUGUUUAUAGGGCAUAUCAAUUGUUGACGUACAUGCAUUAUCUUUAUAACUGAAAAAUCUUCAUUUGACUUUAAACUUACAUUUGACUGUAAUUGUGUUGAAUUUUUCUAAUUCUGUUACAAGUUUUAUGUAUUAAAUGUCACUGAAUGAAUGCCUCAUAUCAGCUGACCAAUGAAUGACACUGAAAUGUUGUGAGCAGAUAAAUACAAUAUAAAUAUUCUUAUGCUAUGUUCAUA